UCUGUAUCCUUUCUAUGCUAAGCUAAUGUGCACUGGUUGAGAGCUCUUUGGAAGGUAGCAGUCCUGAUUUCUGCUUCCAAAGAAUGUAACAGUACUCAAGGCAGAAUAAUGGUUUUUUGUUGUUGUUUGUGGGGAGGGGUUUCUUGGCAGGGGAUGCAGGUGACUGGGGAGAGGAUGGAGAGAGAGAAUUUAUCUUAGUGCUGCUGCAGAACUAGCACCAGUGAACUAGCCCUCUCCUGCUGCAUCGUGGUGACUUUGCCACCUGAGAAGAUAGGACAUGAGUCCCAGUGUCUCCAGCCACCUGGGCAGGGAAGAGAAGCUGGCUGGGUAGACCUAAAUCCCCUGAGCUCCUAAACUUCCCACUUGGAGGUAUAACAGGAGAGAGGGCUCAAGGCUGGAGGAAAUGUGGAGACCCAAGGAGUCUUGGGGAUGAAAGAAGACUGAUUCAUGGAGAAGAGUUGGACUGGGGCAGUAGCAGGUAAAAUAUGGGUCAGUAAACAGCAGUGCACAGGCCAGGUGGGGCCCACUACCGAUUUUUGGAUGGUCCACAAGCUAAGGAUGAGGUGGGGUUUUUUUCCAUUUUUUAAAACAUUUAAAAAAUUAUUUUCUUAUUUAUAUUUUAAUUUUUUUCUUUUUUUGUUUUUUUCUUUUUGUUUUUAAUUUUUUUCUUUUUUCAUUUUUAAAUGGUUGAAAAAAAUCAAAAGAAGAAGAAUUGUAACAUGUCCAAAUCAUAUGAAAUUCAAAUGUCAGUGCCCAUAAAUGAAGUUUUACUAGAACAGAGCCAAGCUCAGUCAUCUACAUAUUGUCAUGGAUGCUUUGGCAUUACAACAGCCGAGCUGAGUAAUUGUGACAGACUGCAUGUCCACAAAGCCUAAAGUAUUUACUAUCUGGCCCUUUACAGAAAACGUAUACUGACCCCGUGAUACGGAAGUCAGGAGAAAACCGAAAAAAGAAGUGCGAGGUGGUCACUGUCUUCUGUAUUCUCAUACAUCUGUAAUGCUAUAACAGGCAUUUUAAUUGCUUUAUCUCGUUUUGUCUUCAGGACUCUUAGGAAAGUUGGAUUAUUAUGCCCAUUUCACAGAUGAAGUAACUAAUGCUGUCUUCCCCAAGUUUGCACAAUCAGUAUUUCCAGAAAAACCUUUCUCAGUUUCUGUACAGAAACAAUAAUAUCUUGUGAGAAACAAGCAUUUUGGGACCCUGAGGCUAAGUAUCUAUUGCACUUAAAUGUAUGUUUCACAUAUUUACUAUUUCUCAAUUGCCAUACCUUCCUCUAAAGUCAUAUUUAAGUUACAUUUUCAAGUGAAUUAGCUUCUAGCAAAAAAAAAAAAAAUCAUGAUCAUUCUCUGGAAUUUGUCCUCGUUCAGUGACCUUUUCUUACAUUACAGAAUCUUGUUUCCAACCUAAGAAGGAAGAGCCUGGAAUCCUCCCUGCUUAUUCUUUUACUUUCUAGUCCUUGUUAUGAUGAAUCCAUCAAAGCAUACAAGUGCAGAGAGUCUGGUCAGGGAAGCAUGGCUUCAAGACACAGACCACUGACGGGGCAAAUCAGGGAACGUCGUGGACCACAUGCGCACUGAGGGCUUAGAGAAGGCGGGGUUAAUGGGAAUCCGCCUCCGUCCCCGGUACCUCAAAGAUGUGUCAAAGGUGGACCUGCAGACCACAAUCCAAGGGGAGCAGAUCAGUGUCCCCAUCUGCAUCGCACCCACGGGUUUCCACUGCCUGGCCUGGCCUGAUGGCGAGAUGAGCACAGCCAGAGCUGCCCGAGCAGCUGGUGUCUGCUACAUCACCAGCACGUAUGCCAGCUGCAGCCUUGAAGACAUUGUUGCUGCUGCCCCCGAGGGCCUGCGGUGGUACCAACUGUAUGUGCAGCCAAAUCGGCAGCUAAACAAACAGCUGAUCCAAAAGGUAGAAUCCCUGGGUUUCAAAGCUCUGGUGAUCACUGUGGACGUACCCAAAAUUGGCAACAGACGAUACAACGUUACGGACCUAAAGAAGAGCUUACUGCUAAAAAAUCUUGGAUCACCUGAGAAGGGAAACUCAGUGCCUUAUCUCCAGAUGACCCCCAUUGACUCAGCCAUCUGCUGGGAUGAUCUCUCCUGGUUUCAGAGCCUGACUCGAUUGCCCAUCAUCCUGAAGGGGAUCUUGACGAAAGAGGACGCAGAGUUAGCUGUGAAGCACAAUGUCCAGGGCAUCAUUGUUUCCAACCACGGCGGGAGGCAGCUCGACGACGUUCCUGCUUCCAUCGAUGCCUUGAUGGAAGUGGUGGCUGCUGUGAAGGGGAAAAUCGAAGUGUACGUGGAUGGUGGGGUCCGAACUGGCAAUGAUGUGCUAAAGGCUCUGGCCCUUGGAGCCAAGUGCAUUUUUCUGGGGAGACCGAUCCUGUGGGGUCUUGCCUACAAGCAGGGCGAACAUGGUGUUGAGGAAGUUUUGAACAUCUUAAAAAAUGAGUUCCACACUUCCAUGACCCUUACAGGCUGCCGGUCAGUUGCUGAGAUCAAUCGGGACCUGAUCCAGUUCUCCAGGUUGUAAAGAAAGAGAGUGAAUGACCUGACUGAUGGCUGAGCUUGCCCAGAGGAGGAAGUCAGAAUCAUAGUGUGACGUGUGAUGCUACCCUGCCUCGGCCCCAUCCUGUCCAGUGGUUCAUUCCCUGCACCCUUGACCACUCCACCCCAAUCCCUCAUUCUCCUCAAAUGUGCCCUGCUCUGCCUCACUGCCUGGCUGUUCUCUUGCCUAAAAUCCUCCCCCAAAAGACGUGAUCUUAAAAAGGCAAAUCAAUAAUGACUGAAAUAGCUAGUGGAUUCAAUUUUUUGCAUAUCUUAUACGUUUCUAUGAGACAACUAUGGAAAUCUACACUCUAGACAGACAGCACUGCGUAUAAAAUACUCCCCAACAGAACUCAUACUCCUAUCUACAGAUAAUGAGGAAAUAAUAGAGGUAGAAACAUAGGCUUUGGAGCCAUACAGACAGGAUUAACAGUCAAACUUUUGACUUGGGCAAGUGUUCCAGUCUCUCUGUGCUUCCAUGUCCUUGUCUAUAAAAUGGGGAUUAUGCUACCCAGCUCGCUAUGAUGAGAGAGAGAUUAAGUGAGAUAAUGUAUGUAAAGUUCAGAGCACAAUGCUUAACGGUUAAUAUGUUUAAGAAACAGUAGCUUUUGUUAUUAUUAUUUGGCAGGUUGCUAUUCAUCUUUCCAGACCUUGUUCAAAGGUCACCUAUUCUUACUCUGCCUACUUCCUAAGGGCUUCCUGUAGUACUUUGCACAUUAAACUAUUACAACCCUUA